AACAUAUUCUCACCACUUUCAUUUUACAACUUGUUGAUACUCCAAGCAGAAAAAAGUAUGGGUGUGAAAGGCAAGUUGAUUGCAUCCGUGGAAGUGAAGUGUGGAGGAAGCCUGAUUCAUGAACUUUUUCACAUCCAUGCUCAUCAUGUACCCAAUAUAAGCCCUAAUAUUAUCAAUCAUUUUGAGAUUCAUGAAGGUGAAACCGUAAAGGUUGGUUCGAUUGUUAGCUGGAGUUAUAAUGAGGCUGGACAAAAAAGGUUUAUAAAGCAACAAAUAGAAGACAUCGAUCCUGACAAGAAAUUAAUCAGAUGGAAAGCCAUUGAAGGAGAUGUGUUAGAGUCGUAUAAUUCCUUUACUAUAGUCACAUUUUCUGAACAUGAGUGGACUACAUGGGUAAUUGAGUACGAAAAGAAAACUGAAGGCACUCCAGAGCCCCUCGUUCAGCUGGGUAUUGUCCUUGACAUGACCAAGGAUAUAGAUGCUCACCUUCUCAAGACAUAAAGGAUAUAUGCAGUGUGUACAUUUAUACACAUACAUAUCUAUGUGUAUUUGUGUUUGUGUUUGUGUGAUGAAUAAUUGGCAAUAUUGGCUAGUACUAGUUACUAGCUAAUAUGCAGAAUAAAGAAUGUUGUGCUUGAAGAAUAUAUAUAUUAUAGACACAUAAAAUUUAUUGGAUCAAAA